GUGCAACCAUACGCUUCCCAGCAGCUUCUUGUUCAGAUAUAAAAAUUCAACAACAAGUCGAGAUGAAGUCAUCGAUGCUGUGCCUCCUGCUGCUGGUAGCUGCGGCUGCCAUAGCUGUCAAUCUCAACCAGGAGGACGACCUGGUGUCUGGGAUGGCGGCCUACCGAGUGGUCGUGGGGGACGGCGAUGCAGGGGGAGAGGAGGCCAGGCAGGCUACGACUACUGCUACGUGCACCGGACUCUGCAAGAUUGCGUACACUCAAUGGAGCUACUUCAUCUGGGGCAACCAAUCGACAACGGUGCCGACGUCGUAUGUCGGUUUCGUUCUGACAGCGGCUACUGCAGCGUCGCCUGUGUGCUACUGCAUCGUCAGUGGUGGCGCCUACCCGUGAGACCCAUGGGCCCACGUCUCGGGACACCCAUGGGGCCCACGUCUCGGGACACCCACGUGGGCAAAGUCCCAGGAUACCCACGGGGCAAGCGAUCAUCCCGAGCUGCUGUUCAAAUCAUUCAGUUUGCACCUAAAAAAAUCGCCUGACACGAAAUUUUUGGUAAUACGUAUAUGAAUUUUAUUGGAUUUUUUCUACGCCACAAUAAAAAAGUUCUCAAAAA